AUGCAUGGAGGGAAGACAGUAGACGCCAUCUUGCAGUGGGCGGCCGGCGCGCUACACGGUGAUGUCAACUCAGUAUGCCUCAUUGGGUUUUUAUUGGAGGAACUGGGGGAUGAGAUGCCUCGUGUCGUGUGUCUUUGCAGGAGGACAGUUACAGCUCCCACCGCAUCCGCUCACACACCGCAAUGGAGUGGGUACCGGCGGAGAGAAACAGCUUCCGUACUGAAUGCGGUGCCAGGAUACACGUGUAGUGCUGACCGCGCCGAACCCAAAUGCAUCCCCAAGACAGAAACAGAUCUUUAUCAGAGUUUAUCUUUCUUUGACGCAUUUAACGAUUCCGCGGAGCAGUUGUGGUCAAGGAAAGUGAGGGCGAAAGUGAACAGGACUGACGGUGAUAGAAGUAGGGAUUGUUUUCCUGAUGAUGAUAACAGGUUGAGUAGUCACGGGGCAUCAGUGUUGCAUCAAACAGCUGCAAUGGUUGUUUUCAGAGACAAUUUCAUCUCUGCGGGGUGGCAAGAAGAUCGCCCUGACGAGUUCUUUGACAACGUGUGCCGCGAAGAAAUUCGAGAGACGCCUUUGGAAGAAAAAAGUUGUGCCACGCCACGACUUUGA